UCCCAGACACGUCCCGAGACGCCUGGCCUACGUUGCCUGCUGCCUAUUGGUUCGCACUACUGUCGCUCAGGUUCAGUUCCUACUUCCGCUUCUUUCCUGCCUUUCCGGUUAGGCGCGGGCAGAAAGAAGUGAGGAACGUGGACGCCAAGUUUACCGUUUUCACGGGGUAGACAACUCGACAGCCAAGAUGGUCAAUGUACCUAAAACCCGAAGGACUUUCUGUAAGAAGUGUGGCAAGCAUCAGCCUCACAAAGUGACCCAGUAUAAGAAGGGCAAGGAUUCCCUGUAUGCCCAGGGAAAGAGGCGCUAUGAUCGGAAGCAGAGUGGCUAUGGAGGGCAGACGAAACCAAUUUUCCGGAAGAAGGCUAAAACCACAAAGAAGAUUGUGCUGAGGCUUGAAUGUGUGGAGCCUAACUGCAGAUCAAAGAGGAUGCUGGCCAUUAAGAGAUGCAAGCAUUUUGAAUUGGGAGGAGAUAAGAAGAGAAAGGGCCAAGUGAUCCAGUUCUAAGCUUCGUGGGUUUCCUCCCUUUUAAUUUUGAGGGGGAAAUAUUGAAACUACAGAAACAUUACCUGUAGGAAAAUAAAGUUAUAUUCUUACUUCA